AUUGAAUUGACCGCUGGAAUCGAUUCACUUUAGGAGACACCUCAUGGCUGACAGAAAAGCUCCAUCGUACCCAGGGUUACGGACGAGCUUGAGGGGCAGUUACGCGCGGUCGAUCCUCAACUAAUAGAACUUAGAAAGCUAAGGUAUCUUGGAUGACAAGCCUCAUUCAUUGUCUUACUUCAGCUGUGUACUCUCCUCUAGUUGUGCUUUGGCACUUUCUUCGAUUCCCCAUCCUGCUUCUUUUCUUACCUUACCUUACCUACUUCUCAUUAUUUAAUUCCUGUCAAGUGGAAGAUGAUCAGCAUGAUUUGAAUGCUUGAGUGCCUCGCCCCGCACAAACCCCUUUUACGCGAAACCUUGCAGCGAAUCCUCGAUACUGUGCAUUCCGCGUCGAGCAGCAUUCGACGAACCCUUGAAAUCUGGCAACUCCGUUUGCAAUUUCCGCGAUCCAACGUUCUUUCCGACACGACGUAUCCAAUUGUGCAUCAAUUUGGGCAACAUGGCGGCUGGUAGCGCACGUAUUGUGCGAUACAUCCUUUUCGCUUUCUUUUUUAUCGCAGUCCUCUACUUCAUCUCGCACUCCUCACCCCAGGGUCUACCGCUGACGCCCGAUAACUUUGGGGUGGGUAAAGGCUCGAGUUCGUCAGGCUUGGGGAAAACUGAAGGCGCGCCAUCAGGCGAAAAGGAAUCGACUGGCUUCGGCUCGACAGGCAUAGAAUCAUCGUCAUCAGCAGGCACAUCCAAGGAGGACAUACCUGGCAGCAAGCAGAGCACCAAAGGCAAAGGCAGCAGUAGUUAUGGCGAUAUCAAGGAUUCGACUGCCCAUGGCGACCUUGCCGAAGCCCCAAUGGCACUCACGCCGGCGGAUGCUGGAUGGGACAACCUUCUCGGUACGGCUCCAGGGCCCCGCAUGAAUGCCACCUUUGUCAGUUUGGCACGAAACAGCGAUGUAUGGGACAUUGCGCGAUCGAUCCGCCAGGUCGAGGACCGAUUCAAUCGGCGAUACAACUACGACUGGGUCUUCCUCAACGACAAGCCAUUCGACGCCCAAUUCAAGAGAGUCACCACAUCCUUGGUGUCGGGCAAGACCUUCUACGGCGAAAUCCCACAUGAGCACUGGUCCUUCCCCGAUUUCAUCGACCAAGACAAGGCUAAGAAGGUGCGCGAGGAUAUGGCCCAGCGAAAGAUCAUCUACGGCGACUCGGUCAGCUAUCGUCACAUGUGCCGCUUCGAGUCCGGCUUUUUCUUCCAACAGCCUCUGAUGUUGAACUACGAAUGGUACUGGCGUGUUGAGCCCAGCAUUGAACUAUUCUGCGACAUCCACUACGACCCCUUCCGGUUCAUGGCCGAAAACAAGAAGAAGUACAGCUUCGUGCUCAGCUUGUACGAAUAUGUCGAAACUAUCCCCACUCUCUGGGACAGUGUCAAGAAAUUCAUGAAAAACCACCCCGAACACAUUGUUGAGGGCAACUCGAUGGGGUUCCUCAGCGACGACGGCGGUGACACGUACAAUCACUGCCACUUCUGGUCCAACUUCGAAGUUGGCAACCUGAACUGGCUGCGAUCGAAGGCUUACACCGACUUCUUUGAGGCUCUUGACAAGGACGGUGGUUUCUUCUACGAACGAUGGGGAGAUGCUCCUGUCCACUCCAUCGCUGCCGGUCUCAUGCUUAAGAAAGAGGAGAUUCACUUCUUCAACGAUAUUGCCUACUACCACGUACCCUUCACCCAUUGCCCGACUGGCGAGAAAACUCGCAUCGAUCUCGGAUGCCAUUGCAACCCUAAGGAUAACUUUGACUGGAAGGGCUACUCUUGCACCGCAAGAUAUUUUGAGCUCAACGGGCUGGAAAAGCCUGAGGGAUACGAGAACCAACAGGAUUAGGUGUCACAUCAAUUUGGAAUUUUGUAAGAUUAGUAUUGCUAUAAUGGUGGGUUCAUGACAACUCAAUCGCGUGCAUGUUAACCGGCUCAAGAGGGAACGGAAACACUUAGGGGGAUGAUAGGCGUGACAGGUUUUUCUAAAUCGGACUGGAAAUCCAGACUUCUUCGUGUGUAGAUACUUCACAUUUCAUGGGUCAGGUCAUCGUUCGAAUCUGACGCCGGAUUGCUUCUUCUAUGGU